AUGGCUAAGUUACUAACCGUUUUGUUUAUCUUAGGGAAUAUACUUUUAUCGAUUGCACAAGAAGAUCACUUUAUAGACGACCCUCUUGGACACCAAGAACGUAUUGAAGAUAAUCCAAACUACUCAUUUGGUUAUGGAGUCACUGAUACUCAAACUGGUGAUGUGAAGACUGUGUGGGAAGCCAAACAAGGAGACACUGUAAAAGGUCAUUACAGUGUAGUAGAACCAGAUGGUUCUAUGAGAACUGUAGAAUACUCUGCUGGGCCUAAUAUUGGAUUUACAGCAACAGUCAAUAAAGAUGAACUACACCCUGACCUGUUGAUUGAUGAAAGUGGUAUGGAAGACAAAGUUAUUCGCGACUAUGAUAGGUAUUAUGAAUUUUCAGAGGAACCUGAUGGAGAACUAUCAUAUAAAGCGAGCGAAAGAAAACGGAAUCGACAUCCAUACGAAUCUUUAUUUAAAGAUUAUUCUUUACUAAAACGAGAAAAAUACACAACUGACUUAGAACCUAGUGAAUAUACGCACAGUUUUACCAUUAAGCAUCCUCACGAAGAUCUAGAUUCGGAGGCUACCGCUCAUAGUCACGUGGGAUUUAAGUUCGAACCAGAUUGUAAAACAAAACAUAAAAAGAAAACCAAUACAUAUAAUACAGGAAAUUCAGACUUCCGUAAACAAAAGUAUCCACCUUUGAUACAAGAUUCUUACAACGGUGAUUUCGAUAAGUAUAUUGGUGAUUCAACAAAUAUGGAAAAGCUUAUUCAAAUGUAUAAGCAAAGUGAACAAUAUAAACCUUCAAAACCUGAUGAUUUCGGAUGGUCACCAACCAAACAUUAUCAAGGUCACCAAGGUUUAUCAGAUGCACAUAUAGAUGACCCAUAUUCUGACUAUACUCCCCCAAGACCUAAAAAGAAAUAUAAGCCACAUAAGAACCCUGAACCAUUCGAGCCUGAAGAUCUAGACGAUUAUGUUUUGGUGCCUAAAAAGAAACACAAAAAACCUUAUAGAGUAGUAGAUUCUCCUGAAUAUCCACCAGAUACCGAUGAGAGUUACGAUGAAAAUUACGAUGACGACAGGUAUCACAAACCCCCACGAGGUGUAAAUCACAAAGAAGUAGUACGAAAAAUUGUAAAGAAAAAGAAACCAGGAAUAAAUUUAUUAGAUAUAUUUGAUAUAUAAGUAAUAUACAAACUAGGUUAGGUAUUGUACAUUUCGGCAUUAUUUAUUGGUAUUAUAAACUCUAAUUUAUGAAUCGUAACUAAAGUUUUGAUUGGACGUGUUUUUGUUAAAUCCAUGUCCUCAGUUAAAUUUUUGUGUUACCAACCUGUGACUGUUAUUUAAUAAAACCUUUAUUGUUAAUGCUUUUUAUUGAAAGUUUACAAUAAAAAUCUA